ACAAUCGUCAUUCAGUUUAGUUCUCAACAAACUUCUCGAAAUGUUUCUAAUGUUUCUCUAGACUAAGACAAUUAAAUUGCAAAUUUUCGGUUCAUAUCACACAACACAAAGGACACAUCCACACACAUCCUCCUCACAUCCUCCUGAAGAUGAUUAGCUACAGGAGCGCAAUGCGGCACCAGAAUGUGGUCGACGAUUGCCAGCGGAUUAGCUGCAAUAGGGGUCCGAGCAGCGCUUACUCCCAGCUCUCCGGACGCUGUGUGAUUGUCAAGGACAUCGUGCUGGGCUGCCGCAUGGAAUGGAGUGACCCCGACGUGCCACCCAUGUUCGACCAGACCUGGUGCGUCUAUCUGCGCCAGCAGGAUAACCUCGAGAUGGAGAAAUUUGUGCGCCGCGUCACGUUCCGGAUGUCGCCGCGAUUGCCGCUGCGUCUGCAGGUGGCGGACAGCGCCCCAUUCGAGAUCACCGAGGUGCUGGUCACCGAUUUUCCCAUCGAGAUGCAGGUGGAGUACACGGACCCCAAAAUGACGGCCACAACGUAUGUGUUCAAGCCACCACGCCUAGCGGGGCGCACGCCAGAGGAGACACCAGACAAGAUGAUCUUUGUAAAUCCGUCACCGGCCAUGCGGCUCAGCCUUUCUGCCGCCGGCAAUCCCUCCACACUGGCCACGGCCAUGACCACGAGCUCCACAUCAUCGCUGAGAUCCAGUGUCGGGGGCAAGGGGCUGGAUGGGCAGGUCGGCGAUGGGGCAGAGAAGCCCAAAAAGUCGUCCGGGAUGGCCGCCGCCAGGAAACAUUAUUACCAGUGA